AUGGACUCGGGAAUGUCUGCACAGUGGAAGGCCUCACCUCUGCCGACUGAACCUGUCGAGCUGUUCAUUGGCAUCCUUUCUGCAGCCAACAAUUUCGCCGAGUGGAUGGCCGGCCGCAAGUCAUGGAUGAUUGCUACAAGGAAAUCAUCUAACAGUGUUGGCCGGUUCUUCGUCGCUCUGACUAUUGCCAUUGCUGAGUAUGGGUUUCCCGCUGCUCUUCAGGAAUGGGAAGAAGAAGUAUACCCACCUUACGCAAACGGACCAGGCUAUGUGAUUUCAUCAGACAUCGCUGAGUACAUCGUAUCUGAGUUUGACAACCAGAAACUGAGAUUGUUCAAGAUGGAAGACGUGAGCAUGGGCAUGUGGGUUCAGAAGUUCGACAAGACUCGCCAGCCGGUGGAGUAUUCCCACGACGUCAAGUUCUUCCAGGCCGGCUGCUUCGACGGCUACUACACCGCGCACUACUAGUCACCGCAGCACAUGAUCUGCCUCUGGAGGAAGCUGCAGUCCGGGAGAGCUCAAUGCUGCAACGCCAGAUGACAAUGAGACUGCUUGGUAGUUGAAAAGCAGCACCCGGCUCUCUGGAGAAUCAAACAGCAAGGAUGAGUUCGAGUUUGAUCUUGAUUUGGAGGCCCUCUAGAUAGUUAGCUUGCAUAAUUCGCUCAUUCUUUUGGUCAGUGGCUGGUUAAUUUUUCAGUUGCUGACUCUGACACUAGCUAGAUGCUGUCACCAUGUACAUGUGUCAAUUGUUUUUGACCUAGGAACUAACAGCUCUGCUGAUCUCACUUGUAUACCGGUUGUUCUUAUAUAUACAUAAUAGAUGUUUCGAGUAAA